AUGAAUUUUGAAACUUCCAGAUGCGCUACCCUACAGUACUGCCCCGACCCUUACAUCCAGCGUUUCGUAGAAACCCCAGCUCAUUUCUCUUGGAAAGAAAGUUAUUACCGAUCCGCCAUGUCACAGAGCACCCAGACAAGUGAGUUCCUCAGCCCAGAGGUGUUCCAGCAUAUUUGGGACUUUCUGGAACAGCCUAUAUGUUCAGUGCAGCCCAUCGACUUGAACUUUGUGGAUGAGCCGUCAGAAAAUGGUGCAACAAACAAGAUUGAGAUUAGCAUGGAUUGCAUUCGAAUGCAAGACUCAGACUUCAGUGACCCCAUGUGGCCACAGUACACAAACCUGGGGCUCCUGAACAGCAUGGACCAGCAGAUUCAGAACGGCUCCUCGUCCACCAGCCCCUACAACACAGACCACGCACAGAACAGCGUGACGGCGCCCUCGCCCUAUGCGCAGCCCAGCUCUACCUUCGACGCCCUCUCUCCGUCCCCCGCCAUUCCCUCCAACACAGAUUACCCAGGCCCACACAGCUUCGAUGUGUCCUUCCAGCAGUCAAGCACCGCCAAGUCAGCCACCUGGACGUAUUCCACCGAAUUGAAGAAGCUGUACUGCCAAAUUGCAAAGACAUGCCCCAUCCAGAUCAAGGUGAUGACCCCACCCCCACAGGGCGCUGUCAUCCGUGCCAUGCCUGUCUACAAGAAAGCUGAGCAUGUCACUGAGGUUGUGAAACGGUGCCCUAACCAUGAGCUGAGCCGCGAGUUCAAUGAGGGACAGAUUGCUCCUCCUAGUCAUUUGAUUCGAGUAGAAGGAAACAGCCAUGCCCAGUAUGUAGAAGACCCUAUCACGGGAAGGCAGAGUGUGCUGGUCCCUUAUGAGCCACCACAGGUUGGCACCGAAUUCACAACAGUCCUGUACAAUUUCAUGUGUAACAGCAGCUGUGUCGGAGGAAUGAACCGCCGUCCAAUUUUAAUCAUCGUUACCUUGGAAACCAGAGAUGGGCAAGUCCUGGGCCGACGGUGCUUUGAGGCCCGGAUCUGUGCUUGCCCAGGAAGAGACAGGAAGGCAGAUGAAGACAGCAUCAGAAAGCAGCAAGUGUCGGACAGCGCAAAGAACGGUGAUGGUACGAAGCGCCCGUUCCGUCAGAAUACACACGGCAUCCAGAUGACCUCCAUCAAGAAACGAAGAUCGCCAGAUGACGAACUGCUGUACUUACCGGUGAGAGGUCGCGAGACUUAUGAAAUGUUGCUGAAGAUCAAAGAGUCCCUGGAGCUCAUGCAGUACCUUCCCCAGCACACGAUUGAAACUUACAGGCAACAGCAGCAGCAGCAGCACCAGCACUUACUUCAGAAACAGACCUCGAUGCAGUCUCAGUCUUCAUAUGGUAACAGCUCUCCACCUCUGAACAAAAUGAACAGCAUGAACAAGCUGCCUUCCGUGAGCCAGCUUAUCAACCCACAGCAGCGCAACGCCCUCACCCCCACCACCAUGCCUGAGGGCAUGGGAACCAACAUUCCUAUGAUGGGCACUCACAUGCCAAUGGCUGGAGACAUGAAUGGACUCAGCCCCACCCAAGCCCUCCCUCCCCCACUCUCCAUGCCAUCCACCUCCCACUGCACCCCCCCACCUCCGUACCCCACGGAUUGCAGCAUUGUCAGUUUCUUAGCAAGGUUGGGCUGUUCAUCAUGUCUGGACUAUUUCACGACCCAGGGGCUGACCACCAUCUAUCAGAUUGAGCAUUACUCCAUGGAUGAUUUGGCAAGUCUGAAGAUCCCCGAGCAGUUCCGACAUGCCAUCUGGAAGGGUAUCCUGGACCACAGGCAGCUGCAUGACUUCUCCUCGCCUCCUCAUCUCCUGAGGACCCCAAGUGGUGCCUCCACAGUCAGCGUGGGCUCCAGCGAGACCCGGGGUGAACGCGUGAUUGACGCUGUGCGCUUUACCCUCCGCCAGACCAUCUCUUUCCCACCCCGCGACGAGUGGAACGACUUCAACUUUGACCUGGAUUCUCGACGCAACAAGCAGCAGCGCAUCAAAGAGGAAGGGGAAUGA